AUGAGCUUUUUCACUCAUCACAGAAGAGGAAAGCACCAUUGUGCAGUCAGAGGGAUGGAGGACAGGAGGCACCUGCCACCAGAUGGAGGUGGCAAUGCCAAACGCUCUGCCUCAGCCGAUUGUAACACAGAGGAUAGAGCAGUCAGGAAGGAGCAGGGUGACCCUGAGACCUCCACACAAAUGUGUGUGAGAAAAGACGAUCUCUGUGAUGUUCCUCGCAAGGUGCCUCGUUUCCAGUAUGUGGAUUUCCCUUCCCUGCACCAGUGCAUCCAACAGCUUUCUGUGCCUCCGCUGAACGGCUGGCUGGGAUCCUGCUCAUUGGCAAAGGCACCAAAGUACAGGCCUGCCAGUCCUAAGGAAAAGGUGCCCAAGUUUAAAUACGUGGACUACCCAUCUCUCCACCACUGCAUUCAGCAGCUGUCUGUGCCUCCAUUGGAAAGCUGGAGUGCAGGGCUGGUCAGGUUUAAUGUAGACGGGAAACAGGACGGCUCUGGGUCACAGAAGAGGCCCUCUCAACCUGGGACUGUGAAGAAUAACAUAAGCAAUGAGGCAGGAGAUCAAAACAGCGAGGACAGGAGUAGAGUUAUAUCAUUUUCUUUCCCAAGAGACACACACAACUCAGUCUCAGGCAAGGAGGAGAGGCCUCAACACGACUACACCUCAGAGGUGCCACAGAGGUUAGAGAAAGAUAGCGCACCUCUAAGGUCUCGUGCUACUAAACCAGAUGCUACUUUUCAAUCAAAUUGCAGAUCAAGAGCAGAAUCUUGUUCUGGCUCUCGUAGCGAUGCAGCAGUGGUGAGAAACGAAAGACCGUCGGUUAUUAACAUGGUGCACACGGAUAAGCAGAAGCACUGGACAAUGGCAGAUCACCUGGAAUUUAACUCUCCAGCUUCAGUCGGACGGGUACCAUGGAAAACCAUCCCGGAGUCAGUCUGCCCAUUCUGCCAACAGAUGUUCACAAACCCCGAGCAGUUCAGGGCUCAUCAGCGGAGCCAUAGAGAUAAGAGACCAAACUGAUGUGCAGAAGUACUGAGUGAGAACUGCUUUUGGCAAACAGUUAAUGCCACAUCAUAUGGAAUCGUAUCAUCAGAGGCCUUCUUGUGUUGUGACUGGCUAUAGUGGCAUUGCUGGCAGGACUAUAGGGAGAUCAAAGACACAUUAAGCACAUUAGAGAGUUUGGGUUCAGACCUUAGGGAGAAUGCAAGACUUUGUCUUGACUGAUGUUGUGAAGUCUAAAAAGGCAGAACUGGACAGACAGAAACACACAAGCAUACAAUAUGCAUGCACAUACAGUGUACUUGUGAGAGUGCCAACACACACACACACACACACAGAGUAUCCUAUUCAUGAUUCAGAAGAGGUCAUUAUUUACUGCCCCACAUAAGGACCAUCAGACAUAAUGACUUUUCGGCUAAAGACAGGGGAUUAGAACCAGAUUUAUAGUCUCCUCCACACAUAUGCGUGUUUACAGGGGUGGGUAAAGCUCGAUGGACUGGUGCGUAAGAAGAUUAAUUUGAUUACAUAUGUGUUCCCCACACUGUGUGCAUGGUGGCAGGUUAAAUAUUUAGCUUUGGGUGCCAAAUAAUAAUUUGGUAAAUAAAUACCAAAUAAUGGCUAUUGUUAAUGCUGCACAAACAAACAGGCUUGAUAAUAAUGAUUUGUUACAUUAGCUUUUUAUCGUUUUGUACUUUUUAUGUUUUUGGAAAUUAAUGUCUAGUGGCUUCUAGCUAGUAGCUUUAAAUCUUAAAAAUGUACCGCUUGUUUUCAAGUGUUUAACUGUGUAAGUAAAGAUUUUUUCAUACAGAAACAAAUGUUCGACUUUUCAGUACAGGAAUGCCCUCUGCAAAAAAACCCUGUUUGACAUAGAUGAAGUAUUUAAGCUUUAUAUAAACAAAGGAGCUAAUCCAA